ACGCACUAGCUUUUAUCGCAAUCAGGUCCGACUCCUCUAGCUUGUCGCCCGUGACGGGGUCGGUGCCAUUUUCGUUGAUGUACUUCACAAUGAGCCGGCGCUCGUACACCUUCCCCGACUUCGCAGAGACAACGGGCUCCUGGGGCGGCUCGCCCGAGAUGGCGCAGAAGAACAUGACGGCGGCGGCGACAGUUGGUGCUCGCCUCGGGGGUCAACGACGCGGACGUUGAGGACAACUUGUUCGAGGAAAAACGGCGCCCGAAAAGGCAAUUCUUGUGCCGCUUGGACGCGCCGCGCCGCCCACAAGCGCCAACCGCGCAUCUUCGGCUUGUUAUACGCGCCCGCGAUGUCGAACUCUCAGCGUUUGGUGCUCGCGAUCAUCGACUUUCUCAACCAGUCUAUCGACGAUGGGACGGUGAAGGCGGACGACAAGGAGUCCCUCGAGGUCGCCAUCCAGUGCAUCGGCGAGGCCUUUGGCGUCGACCCGACGAAUGAGUCGCAGCAGAAGGAACUCAGCAUUAAGCCUGCGACGCUGCAGACCAUCUUCGAUGUGUUCAUGAAGACGCGCUCCCGCGUGAACGCCGCGUCCGAGCCCGAGGUCAAGAAGGCCGCCACGGCGGAGGAGAAGGCGCAGGCGGACAAGCUGAAGGCGGAAGGAAACUCCCUCAUGAGCGCGAAGAAGUACGACGAUGCAAUCGAGGCGUACACGAAAGCGAUUGCGCUCGACCCGAGCAACCCUGUCUACUACUCGAACCGUGCGGCGGCGUACUCGAGCAAACAGGACCAUCUUUCGGCUGUGGGCGACGCCGAGAUGGCCAUCUCGGUUGACCCCAAGUUUAUCAAGCUCGAUCCAUCGAACGCAAGCCUCAAGUCCGGCCUCCAGAACGCCAAGGCCCGCAUCGCCGAGGAGCCCGCCGCGUCCACCUCCGCUGUCCCCGAAGCAGGCGGCAGCGGCGGCAUGCCCGACCUCAGCUCCAUGGCGAACAUGAUGCGCGGAAUGGGCGGCGGCGGUGGCGGCGCUGGUGCGGGACCUGACGCGGGCGGCGCCCCCGGUAUGCCCGACAUCGCGGCGAUGAUGCAGAACCCGCAGAUGCGCAAGAUGGCGGAGGACAUGAUGAAGAACGGGACGCUGCAGCAGCUGAUGAGCAACCCGGCGAUCAUGAACAUGGUGCGUCUCGGUCUCUGCCUGCUUGAUGUCCGGCUACUGACUUUUGAAUGCAGAUGAGCGGUCUCACCGGCGGUGCAGGCGGCGCUGGGGGCAGCGGUGGUGGCAUGCCCGACAUGGCUGAGCUCAUGAACAACCCGAUGCUCAGGAAUCUUGCCAGCCAGUUCGGUGGUGGUGGUGCGGGCAGGUAGAGACGGAUGAUCUCUUGCCACGAAUAGCUCCUUGUAUCUUUACUGUACUUUGCCCGAUUUACACUUACCUUGAUCAUACUGUGAUCAACUUCUAGCUUGGACUUCUGCAGGACGCAAACAAAGGUAUCAAGCGUGUAUAAUUAUG